AUGCCUCCGUCCGUCAAAUCAGAACAGCUGUUCAGUAUCACGGGCCUGGUCGCCGUGAUCACGGGCGGUGGCUCAGCUCUCGCAGAAAACGGUGCAGCGGCCGUGUACAUCGUGGGGCGGCGGGAGGACAAGCUGAGAGAGGCAGCGGCCCGCUAUCCAAGUGUCAUCCGACCGCUCCCCGCCGAUGUCACCUCUCAAGACAGCCUCAAAGCCGCCGCGGACGUUGUCCGGCAAGAGGUCGGGUACAUCAAUGUGCUGGUCGCGAAUGCUGGGAUGGCUGGGCCGGGACUGAAGGGGCUCCCUCCCCGAGCGACAGUCUCCGAGUUUGUCCAGAAUGCGUGGAACGUGCCCAUGGCCGAGUUCAACGCGGUGUACGGGCUCAACUGCACCGCGGCCUUCUACACCGUCCUGGCGUUUCUCGAGCUCCUCGAUGAGGGGAACAAAAAGGGCAAUUAUCCCCUGAAAAGCCAGGUGAUUGCGACAGCGAGCAUGGCGGGAUUCAUGCGCGACGCGCGAUAUGGGUUUGCCUAUUCGAGCAGCAAAGCGGCCCUGAUCAGCCUGAUCAAGUGUUUCGCCACGUACUGCGUGCCAUGGGGAAUCCGGUUCAAUGCGCUCGCUGCGGGAUUAUUUCCGUCCGACAUGUCGGAUCGACUGUUGACGCCAUUCCGCAUCAGCAAGGACAAGGAGGUCACCGAGGAGGGUGCGCUGUCUCGGUCGUACAUCCCCGCCGAACGGGCGGGUUCGGAUGAGGACAUAGCGGGCGUCAUUCUCUACCUGACCAGCAGGGCGGGGGCCUAUGUCAAUGGCAGUGUUUUACUUGUGGAUGGCGGCAAGCUGGCAGUGGUGCCGGCAACGUAUUGA